ACCCCUUAUAUCAAAGAAAAAUGACACUAUGUAACUUUAUUGCAUUGGAAAAGACUAUAACUAUGCAAUGGAUCCCUUUUGUUCAAUCGAUUAUCUAGCAACAAGGGUUAAUGUUUCUUCUAUUCGGUUGGUAAUAAUAGAACAAUUAUGUUUGUAGGAACAAAGAGAAACAAAUCUAUUCUAUACCCGAUAAGUAGCAAUACGCAAUGGGGAGUUGAUACCAUCUUCUAUCAGUAAAUGCUUUCAUACUUGUUCAUUAUUGGAAGGCUAUAUUGGUAAGAAUUUUUUCUUAAACUAAACCUUUCUAAUCUAUGCAGAAAAUAGAAUUAAUGAGUGAUAUUAUAAAAACAAUAACCUUAAUUAUUACGUUUCCACAUCAAAGUGAAAUAGAGUACUUAAUUAUUUUUUCUUUCAUUUAAUGCCUAUUGGUGUUCCAAAAGUUCCCUUUCGAAGUCCUGGAGAGGAAGAUGCAUCUUGGGUUGACGUAUACAACCGACUUUAUCGAGAAAGAUUACUUUUUUUAGGCCAAGAAGUCGAUAGCGAGAUCUCGAAUCAACUUAUUGGUCUUAUGGUAUAUCUCAGUAUCGAAGAUGAUACCAAGGAUUUAUAUUUGUUUAUAAAUUCUCCUGGCGGAUGGGUAAUACCCGGAGUAGCUAUUUAUGAUACCAUGCAAUUUGUGCGACCAGAUGUACAUACAAUAUGCAUGGGGUUAGCUGCUUCAAUGGGAUCUUUUAUCCUGGUCGGAGGAGAAAUUACUAAACGUUUAGCAUUCCCUCACGCUUGGAUCAGGGUAAUGAUUCAUCAACCCGCGAGCUCUUUUUAUGAGGCCCAAACGGGAGAAUUUAUCCUGGAAGCGGAAGAACUUUUGAAAUUGCGUGAAACCCUCACAAGGGUUUAUGUACAAAGAACGGGCAAACCCUUAUGGGUUGUAUCCGAAGAUAUGGAAAGGGAUGUUUUUAUGUCAGCAACAGAAGCCCAAGCUCAUGGAAUUGUUGAUCUUGUAGCGGUCGAAUAA